AUGACGCUGCGGGGCGACGGGCGGCGGCCCGACGAGAAGCUGCAGGGCGACGGGCGGCAGCCCGAAGAGAAGCUGCAGGGCGACGAGCGGCGGCCCGACGAGAAGCUGCAGGGCGACGGGCGGCGGCCCGACGAGGAGAAGAAGGGACUGGCAAGGGUAAUAGGAAGCCGGGGGGAGACGUUUCCCCGUGGGGGCUACAAGGGAGUGCCAGAUGGCUACGUCUAUCAGUGGCCACAUGCCAAGACUUGGCCGCAGCUCGCCAAGGGGAAAGGGAUGGCGACUGGUGGAGGUCAUGGGUCAGGCGGGAUGGAGCGGUGGAUGACAACCAAACUGACCUCGGUGCAGCUACGGCAGGCGAUCACGAAGCUGGUGGUCACCUGCGACCUCCCCUUCCGCAUCGUCGAGGCUGAGGCUUUUCGUGAGCUACUCAUCCUGCUAAACCGCAACUGCACGCAGAAGAACUUCAUCCCCUCGCGCUGGACAGUUUCCCACGACACAGUGGUCUAUGCGGCUGCCGCUCUUCAGUCAGCCAUUGCAGAGAUGCUGGCAAAGGAGGGGGAGCUGGGGUGCAGGGUGUCGUUCACCAUCGACAUGUGGACGGCGCCCAACAAUAGGGCGUGGCUAGUGGUAACGGGUCACUGGAUCGACGAGAAUUACCAGCUGCGCACAAUGGUGUUUGAAUUCCGCGAGAUUCACGGGCGUCACACGGGCAAGCAGAUGGCGAGGGUGGUUGAGGAGACUGUGGUGCAGUGGGGGUUGGAGACGCAUUGUCUUGGGUUCACCUCAGACAACGCCUCCAGCAACACUGCCGCUUUCAGGUGGAUGUCGGAGGAUGGUGGUGGCCAGUGCUUCUUCAACUCGCGCAUGCACUUCCGGUACGAAAGGGAGUGUGCGUAG